AUGCAUGAAUAUUCCAAAGCACUCUUAUAUCAUGAAAAAGCACUUAGUAUUAAACAGAAAAUUCUACUUGAAAAUCAUUCAGACUUAGCUAUUACUUAUAGCAACAUUAGUUUAAUCUUUCGUUGUCUAGGUCAUUACUCAAAAGCAUUUUCAUCGUAUGAAAAAUUAGUUGACAUUCACCAGAAAAAUCUACCAUCAAUUCAAUCUGAUUUAGCUUUUUCUUUUAGAAAGAUCGGUUUGAUGUAUCUUGAGAUACGUGAUAAUUCGAAUGCAUGUAUAUCUUUUGAAAAAGUAUUAGAGAUCUAUCAACACAUACUCUCUCCAGAUGAUUUUGAAUUUGCUGAUUCUUAUUACAAUAUUGGCUUAGUAUAUCAACAAAUGGGAGAUCAUAUAAAUGCACUUAUAUUUUUUGAACGUGCUUUAAAUAUUAUGCAACAUUCAUCGUCUGAGAAUCAUCCAAGUCUUCAAAUAUUUGAAGAAAAUAUCAAAAGUUUAAAAGAAUAA